GUGUAUCUCUAUACCGAUUUCACACAGAUAGAUGAUGUAUACGUGAGAUAGAAACCAAUUGUUUUUAAAAGUCACAUGAUUGGAAAUUGCGUGAAAACGCGAGAGUUCCCCAUUGCAGAAAAUGAGAAGUUGGGGAGGGCGGGCGAGAUUUCUCUGCCAUAAAAAUAAAUGAUGACCACUGGGUAGAACAUCUCUCUGCGUCACGCGGUCACGUUAGUUAUAUCACGGUCUCGGAGCGGAGUUUAGUGCGAUGGCGCCCGUAGCGUCGGGAGAGUCCCAGGUACAGAUGACCAUGGUCCCGUCGGCCGGGCCAGGUCCACCGGGCAGUGCGGGAAGCAUCUCCCUGGGUAUGCUGGUCGACUUUAUCAUCCAGAGGACUUACCACGACCUGACCGUGCUCUCGGAACUCCUGCCGCGUAAGACGGACAUGGAGAGGAAAAUUGCCAUUGUGCAGUUCGCACACAGGACAAGGCAGCUGUUUGUAAGGCUGCUGGCUUUGGUGAAGUGGGCAAACAGUGCAGCCAAGGUGGACAAGUGCGCCAUGAUUUCAGCAUUCCUGGACCAGCAGGCCAUGAUCUUUGUGGACACAGCAGACAUGCUGUACCGGAUGGUUCGGGAGCUGGUUCACGCGCGACUCCCGAGCUUCAACAUUCCCCACGCGGUGGACGUCCUCACCACGGGAACCUACCCCAGGCUGCCCAAGUGUAUUAGAGACCGCAUCGUCCCCCCUGACCCGAUCACCCCAGCGGAGCGGAAAGCCACCCUCCUGAGGCUGAACCAGAUCAUUCAGCACCGCCUGGUCACCACAGACCUGCCUCCACAACUGGGAAACUUAACUAUAGCCAAUGGCAGGGUGAAGUUCCAGGUGUCCCAUGAGUUUGAGGCCACCCUGACACUGAUGGGAGAUGAACCCUCCAUACCCUGGAGACUACUCGGCAUCAAGAUACUGGUGGAAGACAAAGACACAGGAAAUGGCACAGCACUAGUUCACAGUCUGCAAGUCAACUACAUUCAUCAGCUCAUCCAGUCACGUCUUUUUGCCGACGACAGGCCACUGUAUGACCUCUAUGACUGCCUUCAUUCCUUCUGUCAAUCCCUGCAGUUAGAAGUACUCCAUUCACAGACACAAAGGCUAAUCCAUGAGAGAUGGAGUGACCAUAUCAGACUGGAGGAAUACACCAUUGGUCAGUCCCUCACCGUCUCCUACUGGAGGGCGCAACUUGUCGAAGCUGCGCAGAACAAGCUGGAGAUUCCCGUUACGCACAAACUGACGAUCGCGAUGCACGACAAUGACAAGAGCCGGCCUCUCCAAGUGAAGCAUCAGCCGCCAUUGCCUUCCCAUGAGCCAGUGCAAGUGGACCAUGCCAUUAAGAGCGACUGUCUAUCGAUGGAGAAACUGCUCGUCCAGACCGUACAAGCGCGUGCCUACGCGAGACUGAAGGAGCUCCAGCUACAGAUCAAGGCUCACAAUCGUGACGACCAGUCUCUAAUCUGUGGGAUCCCUCCUGUCCUGAAGAUCCCCAUCCUGUACCCCUGCACAGAAGUAGAGUACAUGAACAUAGUGGCUGAUUUACAAACUGGCAUGCUACAGCCCAUGUUCUACCAUGGAGAGUCCCACCUGGAGGAGAUGGAGAAGAACAUCAACUCGGACGCGAGCCGUACCAUCCGGAUGGUCAGCGACCUGAGGUUCGUGAUCGCGAGGCGGCGGUGUCAGCAUACCGUGCUCCACCUUCCAACAGUGUGCCAUCGGAAACUUCAUCUGGAGAACUUUCAGACACACCCUAUCUCCAAACUGUCUUCUCACAAGGUAUACCUCAGGCUCACCAGACAUCCUGGGUACUACUUAGUGGUAGAGUUUCUUGAGGGCCAACAGUUCUACGAGAUAGAGUACAGAUACCACCUGCUCCAGCUGAAGGAUCCGGGUGGGAAGUCAGAAGGAGAGUCCAGUGACAGUGCAGUGUCCACCCAAGCAGGCAGCCUGGUCACUCUGGACCCUGCAACCUUCUCCAAGGAAGUAGGGACGGCAACUCCUGGAAUCAAGAGAAAGAUUUCUAUCCAGCAUGGCCAUGGUGGGCCACAACUGAAACGCGAGCGCGUGGACGCAGGUGAACCAUCCAUGUACCUGCCUGAUGUAGCUCAUCUCAUCUCCGUGUGCGACACCCAGAUACCACUCAUCAGUCUGUGUCAGGAGCUGGGCAGGAGAGGCAUCCCAUGUCAGGGUGUCCAGAGUGAGGGGUAUGAUGUCGGCCUCAGUGUGAAGCUUCUUGCCCUGCCGUCACUGCGAGGGAUUCCCGAUCACGUCGUCUUCAAGCUCAAGUCCGACUGUCUGGGCUGUACCUUCCGCCUCCAGGGCAAGACCAGCCGCGUGUGGACGGCAGAGCUUGUGUUUGCCAACUGUCCUCUGGUGAGCACGACACAGCGUGAACAGACCAGCAGUCGCCACGUGUACUUCACAUACGACGGCCUGAAGCCAGAAUCUGAAGCCAGCACUAGUAACAACACAGAGAACGCAAACAUCACACUCGUGAUGGACAAGUUCAUGCAGGACUGGCACAGUAUCGCUGAGAUGUACGCAACCGUUCUGGACUUUGCCAGAAACUACAAGGACCCCAACCGGCAGCUAUUCCAAAUGGUGGAGGUUAAGUCAUUCUCGUACAAGAGGCUAACGCUGAGCUAUGGCGUGGGGCGAUCCAGCACGGUUAAAAUCCAGUGGGUUCCAGAAGGAAAUGGCGGUAGCUUUAAGCUUGGUUUAGGGAUGGUGGGGAGGGUGAACAACCCAAACUGUCACAUGGUGGUACAGUCACAGCUACAGGAAGAGUUCAACACGCACCAUAACAUCGCACAGCUCAUCCAAGUCUUGUGCGAGACCCAGAGCCCGCUACAGUCCAUCAUACGCCUCCCACAGACCACCAUCUUGGGCUGUCCGAACAAACCGCUCAGUCCGACGCAGACGUUCACCAUCCUGCCGCAGUCUUCGGACCACGUGAGGAUCGCGUUCCGAAACAUCUACUGCCUGGACGUGCACUGCCGCGGGAGGAACCUGGUCGCCAUACGGGACGGAGCAUACAGCCUGUUUGAUGUUAGCAAGGUAGUGGAAGGUUUCACCCCCACACAGGGUCUCAAAGCAUUCCUGUCCAUGUUUGAGGACAGCAUGGCUCACUCCAGACGCAGGUCAGCAAGCGAAGAUGACAACCCACCGUCACCUAUCGGGAUGGACAAACUGGACACGUACAUGACUCAGCACCAGCUGCACCACCAGACGACAGGAGCCUCCCCCCUCCCCAGGACCCAGCCCAGCGCCUACCACCCCAUGAACCCCAUGACUCCGCCCACCUCCCACUCCAACCCUGCCACACCCGCCUCUCCUCACACCUCCAUGCUGGCGACAUCACAGAGCUACAGUACGUCCCCUGGGUCAGCCUACCCCUUAGCUUCCCCACCCCAGCUCACCCCCCAGCACCCUAACCCCGGCGCCCCCAUCACCAGUGCCCCCACCCCCUCACCCUCCAUGCUGUACGGGACCCCCUCCCCCAGCACGUUCACCAGUAGUUCGCCCAGCGUACGUGUCCCGUCCCCGAGCUCGUUUGUGCCGGCUCCGUCCCCCCAGUCCAUGGGGAUCCACAUGGGACCAUCACCUGCCUUCAUGAACCCAACUGGUCCACCAUCACCGUUCCAUGCUGGGCUGACCAUGCCGUCUCCAGGCACCAGGAACCCGUGGCCUGGCUCUCCCUCCAUGCCUGGUCCCUCCCCCGCCUCACGGGUCGGGAUGGCUUCACCCGGUGUUGGCAGCAGCAUGUUGAGCCCUCCCUCACGUAUCCUCCCCCAGCGGUCCUGGGCGGCCUCCAUCCCCACCCUGCUGUCCCACGAGGCCUUCGCCACCCUCAUGACCCCCUCCCCACCCCCCGGGGUGAUGGGGGGUCCGGCGGCGUACCUGUGCUGCCCCCUGGAGAGGUUCCUGGGGUGUGUGUACAUGAGGAGACAUCUACAGAGGGUCAUCCAGGGGGAGGAGUCGCUGCACCUGUUACAGUCCAGUGAGCCAGGAGUGAUCUUGUACCAUGUGGAGUCCAUCAACUUCCGUGUGCAGCUGAACCCCUCCACCCUGCAAACACUACACCUGAAGGCCACACCCAGGCCUGAGGCUAUGGAGAUGUGGUCCCGAGAAGAGCUCAACAUCCUUGAGAGCUUUUUUGAUACAAAGGUUGUGUGUCCACCGUACAAAGCCAACACACUGACAGCGUUUGGGCGCCUGUUGUGUGCCCCCACUGCAGUACUGAGGGACUGCAUUCAGCUGAUGAGACUGGAGUUGUUCCCAGACCAGGCCCUGAAGUGGCAUCUCCAGUGGUGUCUGACCAUCCCACCCAGCGGCUCUCCCCUCGCCCCGCCCGGGACUCCUGCUGUCGUCAUCAGGACAAAGAUACUCUUCUUUAUCCAGCUGACCAGGAUGGGCAUGCCCCCGACACAAGACUCCACCGUUGUGGUCCCAAUUCUGUAUGAUCCAUCCACAAACACGACUCAACAGGCAGACAUAUCAAACCGAGCUGGUGCCGCGGGAGGACCCGCCCCACCAAACGCCCUGUCUGGUAUGGUGGGAGACAUGCUGAAGAGAUGGGCUUCUUUCAGCCAGGGGCAACAAGGAAAUGAUUGUACCAUCUUCCCAGCCAUCAGAGAUCUUCUGCACAACCUGAUUCCACAGUGUCAGUGAGACGACGAAAAAGUUCUGAAGAGGCAAAAACCUGCCUGGGAGUUGCAAGCUAUUUGAAUUUGACAAAAGUCUUGUGAUAUUUAUCUGUUGCCUAGACCUUUUGUGAUCUUUGUAAGAAAAAAAA